AGACAACGAACGGAGCAAACAAGCAACGGCACUUCGGUGACGCAAUCGCUUCGGUUCUCUAACCAAUUGGAACGUUCACCGUUCGACAGAAGGAACCUCGGAGAGAAGAACGAUGUCCGUGUGCAGUAGUCCCGCUCGCCGGUGCGCCACGCUGCGUGGGCGUUGAGCGCUGAUCGACCGGCUGGCAAAACAGACCAAGAUGGAACGAGAUGGAACGAGAUGGCCAGACAAGUUUAGGCAAGGAUCGUCAGGCAAGGGGAAACACAACAUCUACGCAAACUCUAUGGCUUCGAUGACUUCUGGAUGUGAUGACUGACUUCGGCGCGCGAACUGACUGUGCGCACAAAUUCGGCAUAUCCAUGUCCCCCUGAAGCGUCAAGUAAACGGUCAUCCAUAUGUUCACCGUGGUUCAUGCUGUAAUUUCAGGAUCCCGCGCCUCAGCUUCCUCUUCAUAAAGAGCCUCUGCUCCUUGAUUCAUUGUUGUGACCCUGUACACGCGCUGCACGCCACCAUGACAAGCGGAAAUGAGACAUUCCCUAUCAACCAGCAGGCAUUCAGAGACAAGUCAGGUCUCGAACGUGUCGUGCUCGCCAACCGAGGCGACUUGCAACGUCUACUAAGCUGCUUUUUUGGCCAGCCCAUCGGCUGUGAAAUCAUCUACACCAACACCUCUCCCCGCACACAAACCGCGUCGCCCGAGUUCCCCAUCACACAAAUGCGCCAAGUACGUCUCACCUGCGGCCCCCGCACCGUCUGCACAGCAACGUCAACCGUCACCAUCACCGCGCGCGAGCCAGAACGCCUCCUGCUCGACGAGAAGUAUCCCCUCGGGCAGAUGUUCCAAAUGCUCCGCGGGCGCGCGCCCGCGUUCUCGCUGCUCAGCGUCAGCACGGCGCCCGGCGUAAUGAGCGGCAAGGAGGAGCUGCAGCGGAUAUACAAGCUCGAGGCGGACGGCGUCGUGUGCGCCACGCUCGAGGUCUUCCCAGAUCGGAACAUGUUUGCACUGGGCGAGGCGUGGCUGCGCGACGACGAGGAUCUGAUCAUGCAGCAGCUCGGUGUGGACCUGGCCGCGUCCGGGGGGCUCGCAUCGCUCUCGACGAUGCCACUAUCUUCGGGCUAGCGCUAAGCUCCAGCUGAUCGUGAUCGAUGCGCGGCUCGAGAUCUGGUUUCUCUCAUGGACGGCUUUUUUGGCACUACGCACGGGGACAGGCGAUGCUUGUACGAUUCAUCAGGUGUACCAUAUACGGAUCCUCAAAUGAUACCACUUUCUUGCAUUGACGGCGCACGUACACGCGCGCCCGUCCAAAGUAUUUUUACAUAGCAUCAUAGUCAUUAAUAGAUGCAUCAUAUCGUAGUUAUGAUAAUCGGAACACUUCU